GUUCAAUUGAGUUCGAUCAAAUCUAAAUUAACGAUCCGAAAGAAGCACUUAUCAAUCAUCGAAUACAAUUAAAAAUCUUUUUUGAUCGAAAGCUUCGUUACAAAUAUCGAUAACAGCAACCAUUGCGAUUGGAGGAAGUACAACAACUGACGGACCAAUACUAGUUACUAAGCACCGUAAAACAGCGUUGGCGGUAUAGAGAAAAGCCAGCGCAUAAAGUUUUCUUCUGAUCCCAGGUAUAUAAAAAAUCAACGAAAAUUAAUAAAUUAACUACAAUGGCACCUGUGCGGGGGGAUGGUAUGAGAGGCCUGGCAGUCUUUAUAUCGGAUAUAAGAAACUGUAAAAGCAAAGAAGCCGAAGUGAAGCGGAUAAAUAAAGAGCUUGCGAACAUACGUAGUAAAUUUAAAGGAGACAAAACCCUUGAUGGAUAUCAAAAGAAAAAAUAUGUUUGUAAAUUGCUAUUUAUAUUUCUACUGGGUCACGACAUCGAUUUUGGUCAUAUGGAGGCAGUCAAUCUUCUUUCUUCGAAUAAAUAUUCUGAGAAACAAAUUGGCUAUCUCUUCAUUUCUGUACUAGUUAAUACAAAUAGCGAUUUAAUACGACUCAUCAUUCAAUCGAUCAAAAAUGAUUUGCAGUCCCGAAAUCCAGUUCAUGUUAAUCUGGCAUUGCAAUGCAUAGCAAAUAUCGGAAGUCGUGAUAUGGCUGAAUCAUUCUCAAACGAAAUCCCUAAGUUAUUGGUAUCUGGCGAGACAAUGGAUGUUGUAAAACAAUCUGCAGCGCUUUGUCUCUUACGGCUUUUCCGCUCAAGUCCCGAUAUUAUACCUGGCGGUGAAUGGACUUCAAGAAUUAUACAUUUGCUCAAUGAUCAGCAUAUGGGGGUGGUCACGGCAGCCACAUCACUUAUUGAUGCUUUAGUGAAACGCAAUCCGGAAGAGUAUAAGGGUUGUGUUAACUUAGCUGUAUCACGUUUAUCACGUAUCGUCACUGCCAGCUAUACCGAUUUGCAAGAUUAUACAUAUUACUUUGUGCCAGCACCGUGGCUUUCAGUUAAAUUGUUACGCUUAUUACAGAAUUAUAAUCCAGUAACUGAGGAGCCAGGAAUUCGAGCACGACUUAAUGAAACUUUGGAAACAAUAUUAAAUAAGGCACAGGAACCGCCUAAAAGCAAGAAAGUACAACACUCAAAUGCGAAAAAUGCAGUUCUAUUCGAAGCAAUAAAUUUAAUUAUACAUAGCGAUAGCGAACCAAAUCUUUUGGUUCGUGCUUGUAAUCAAUUGGGACAGUUUCUGAGUAACCGUGAAACGAAUUUGAGAUAUUUAGCUUUGGAAUCUAUGUGCCAUUUAGCUACGUCAGAGUUUUCACACGAAGAGGUGAAAAAGCAUCAGGAGGUCGUUAUAUUGUCAAUGAAGAUGGAGAAGGAUGUGUCUGUUCGUCAGAUGGCUGUUGAUUUACUUUACGCAAUGUGUGAUCGUAGCAACGCCGAAGAAAUUGUACAGGAAAUGCUUAACUAUUUGGAGACCGCUGAUUAUUCUAUACGCGAAGAAAUGGUACUUAAAGUAGCUAUUUUGGCAGAAAAAUACGCAACCGAUUACACUUGGUAUGUUGAUGUUAUACUCAAUUUAAUAAGAAUCGCUGGAGAUUAUGUUUCCGAAGAGGUUUGGUAUCGUGUAAUACAAAUUGUUAUUAAUCGAGAGGAGGUGCAGGGAUAUGCUGCAAAAACUGUAUUUGAAGCAUUGCAAGCACCAGCUUGUCAUGAAAAUAUGGUAAAAGUUGGUGGCUAUAUUUUAGGUGAAUUUGGCAAUCUCAUUGCUGGCGAUUCUCGAUCUGCACCGUUAGUUCAGUUUAAGCUAUUACAUUCGAAAUAUCAUCUUUGUUCACCCAUGACUCGGGCUCUUCUACUAUCCACUUACAUAAAGUUUAUAAAUCUUUUCCCCGAAAUACGCACCAAUAUUCAAGAAGUUUUCCGUCAGCAUAGCAAUUUGCGUUCAGCAGAUGCUGAACUUCAACAACGAGCUAGCGAAUAUUUACAAUUAAGUAUUGUGGCUUCUACUGAUGUUUUGGCUACCGUAUUGGAAGAAAUGCCUUCGUUUCCAGAAAGAGAAAGCUCUAUUUUGGCCGUUCUUAAGAAGAAGAAACCCGGUCGUGUGCCCGAGAAUGAAAUACGUGAAUCAAAGAGUCCGGCUCCAGCUAUAUUAACCCAAAAUAAUACUCAUGCUAACCACAAAGUCAAUAGUAACGCUAACACAGAUCUUCUUGGUUUAAGCACUCCACCAUCUAAUACAGGUUUAAAUAAUUCUACAAAUAGUGGCACAUUAAUUGAUGUUCUAGGCGAUAUGUACAGCAACAAUAACACUGCUGUGUAUAAUUCGAAAAAGUUCCUGUUUAAAAAUAAUGGAGUUCUUUUUGAAAAUGAAUUAAUACAAAUCGGAGUAAAAAGCGAAUUUCGACUGAAUCUGGGACGUCUAGGUCUAUUUUAUGGCAACAAAACUCAAAUACCACUGACGAAUUUCACACCUAUUUUGCAAUGGGAUGCAGAAAAUGCGCUUAAGUUAAAUGUUCAAAUGAAAUCGGUUGAGCCAACACUUGAAGCUGGUGCACAAAUACAACAAUUACUUACAGCCGAGUGUAUUGAGGAUUACUCAGAUGCACCGACAAUUGAAGUUAAUUUUCGAUAUAAUGGUGUACCCAAGAAAUUUAGCAUUAAAUUGCCGCUGACCGUAAAUAAAUUCUUCGAACCAACAGAAAUGAAUGCCGAAUCAUUCUUUGCGCGAUGGAAGAAUUUAGGAGGUGAACAACAAAAAGCACAAAAAGUAUUUAAAGCGUUACAACCACUCGAUCUGUCUGGUGCUCGAAAUAAAUUGAUGGGCUUUGGAAUGCAAUUACUUGACAAUGUUGAUCCAAAUCCCGAUAAUAUGGUUUGUGCUGGAAUAAUACAUACUCAAACGCAACAGGUGGGAUGCUUAAUGAGACUAGAGCCGAAUAAACAAGCGCAAAUGUUCCGUUUAACAAUUCGGGCAAGCAAAGAGACCGUAACACGUGAAGUUUGCGAUUUACUCUCAGACCAAUUUUAAAGACGAAAUAAAUUGAGUAAAUUAAUAUUAUUAUUAUAAAAGUGUAUUGUCCUACAAUAAACACAUUAUUUGUGCUUUAAUGAA